GAGCCCAGCUUUAAUCCAAAAUCUCCUCUCUUUUGUUUUCACGCAGGGAUCUACCGCACAGAGAAAGACAAAGGCACAUUGUAUGAGCUGACUUUCAAAGGAGACACAAAACAUCAGUUCAAGAAGAUUGUUUUAUUCCGGCCAUUCGGUCCUGUAAUGAAAGUAAAAAAUGAAAAUGUCAAUAUGGCUGACACACUUAUUAAUGUCAUUGUGCCAUUGGCCAAGAGAGCCAGCAAAUUUCGGCAAUUCAUGCAGAAUUUCAGGUGGGUUUCCAUUCCACAGGAUGGGCGAAUUCACCUCACUGUAGUUUACUUUGGAAAAGAACAAAUGAAUGAAGUCAAAUCAAUACUUGAAAAUACCUCCAAGUCAGCCAACUUCAAGAACUUCACCUUCAUCCAGUUGAAUGAAGAAUUUUCCAGGGGCAAAGGAUUAGACGUUGGUGCUCGAUUCUGGAAAGGAAACAAUGUUGUUCUCUUUUUUUGCGAUGUGGAUAUAUACUUCACAGCUGAAUUCCUGAACUCCUGUAGAUUGAACACACAGCCAGGGAAGAAGGUGUUUUAUCCUGUUCUCUUCAGCCAGUAUAACCCCAGUAUAAUUUAUGGCCACCAUGAUUCCAUCCCAUCUUUAGAACAGCAGCUGAUUAUUAAAAAAGAAACUGGAUUUUGGAGAGACUUUGGUUUUGGGAUGACUUGCCAGUACAGAUCUGAUUUUAUCAACAUAGGUGGCUUUGAUCUGGACAUUAAAGGCUGGGGUGGUGAAGAUGUACAUCUGUAUCGCAAAUACCUUCACAGCAACCUCAUCGUGAUCCGAACGCCUGUCAGGGGUCUCUUCCAUCUGUGGCACGAAAAGCAAUGUCUGGACGAGCUGACCCCAGAGCAGUACAAAAUGUGCAUGCAGUCCAAGGCCAUGAAUGAGGCUUCUCACGGCCAGCUUGGGAUGCUUGUUUUCAAGCAAGAGAUUGAGACACACCUGCACAGACAGAAACUGAGCAGUAAGAAGACAUGAAGCCAGAAA